ACACACACAGCCUUUUCACUAGAUACAACAGGAGACUUGUCCCUCUUGCCCCAUUUUGUAAAAUAAAUCAUUUUAGUCUUUAAAUUUAAACUUUUCCAAACUUUUUUUCACACUUUUAUGGAAUUUAGAUGGACUUUCUGGAUUUGUUUGAACCAAUUUAACGACCUGACAGAUGAGCAGAAAUGAAAAGGACGACACUUCAGUUGAAGUUCUGGUAGAAAACUGAAAACAGUGAAUGAAGAUGGACCUGGUGAUGACUGCCUUUUUUCUCCUGCUCUUUUGUGUUCAUCCGUCUGCAGCAGCAAGCGUCAUUACAGCAGACAUAUUUGAAGCGAGAGGCCAAAGAGUGUGCAAGACAGGAAAAGGGAGACCUUGUUACAAACUGGCCUAUUUCUCAGAGCUGCGCUGGAAGUUGAACUUUGAGGAGGCAGAGAGCACUUGCAAACGAGACGGAGGCCAGCUGCUGAGCAUCGAGUCUGCGUCCGAGCAGAAGGUCGUAGAGCAGCUCAUCAGCGAUCUCCGUCCCUCGGAUGGAGACUUCUGGAUAGGCCUCCGGCGUGGACUGGGACACGAGGACAGCAGCUCGGACUGCUCAUCUCAGUACUUCUGGCUGGACGGGAGCAAAUCCUCGUUCAGGAACUGGCACAUUGAUGAGCCGUCGUGCGGCUAUGAAGUGUGUGUGGUGAUGUACCACCAACCGUCUGCUCCGGCCGGACACGGUGGGCUCUACAUGUUCCAGUGGAACGAUGACAACUGCGAAACCAAAAACAAUUUCAUCUGCAAAUACACAGGAGAAAAGCCAAUCUCAUCCACUCUGUCUCCCAACUCCAGUCAGAAAGAUGCCUCUCUUCCAUCUGCGCUCCCCUGGGAUCCAAGUGACGACAACCAAGAAAGACGAACAGCCGUGAAUUUAGUUUACGUCAUCAUCCCCACAAUCCCACUAAUCCUGCUGCUUCUGACAGUGAUGGGAGUUUGCUGCUUCAAAGUGCUGCUCAGACGAAGGAGGAACGAACAGAAAUCAGAAGUUUGCCAAACAGAUCCCAGUCCAACUACUACAGACGUCUACAACGUCAUCCGCUCCCAGAAGGAUGAUGACCUGGUUUCUGCUCGCCCACAAACAAAGAACACCUCCUUUUUGUGCUCCUCUCCCGACACGCCGACGGGCGACUACGACAAUCUUGGCGGACGGGACACAGAAAGCGGCUUCGUAACUCUUGCUAGCACAGAGAGCGACUUUCUGAACUUUGACCUCAACGACCUCAGCCUCGGGCGCCAGCGCACCCGUGACUUCUACGACAGCAGCUUGGGACGCUCGGCUAAGAGGGUACUGAACGAUGGCAGUCUGGGUCGCACCAAAAACAGGGAGUAUUACGACAGAAGCCUGGGCCGCCGCACCACGAAAAGUGAGCAUUACAGCGGCCCUGUGUAUGGAGAGCAUGGCCUGUUUGACAGCAGCAUCAGAGCAGGCACUGACUUGUAUGAUGCCAGACUUAAAGCUGGAGGUCAAACGGGAAAGGUUGACCUCUACCAGACAUACGUUACCAGCGGUAGGCACGAGGCGUUUCAAACCAGUCUGGGAACAUACUCAAACCGGAAGUCCUUCCACACAAACCUGGACUGCUACAGAAACGGCCUGAACCUUGACAGUGGAGGGAGGUACUUCAAUGACCAGGAAUGGAUAAAAAGAGAGAGAUACUGAUUUUUCUCUCGAGUCUGCUCACACCACUGUAAGAGCGACUGAACAGGGAUAAAAGAAGGGAUGAAAUUUGUGCAUGUGCAAGACCUAAUUGUUUUUUGUUUUUUUUUUAUCUAAAGUUGGAAAUAUGAAUUUUGUUUCUACUCACUAAUCACCCUCACUUUGUUGGUCGUAUGAAUAUUGAAGUUUGGUCAUUUCAGUCAGACACAUUUAAAUACUUAAAGCUUCUUAUGUUGCCAUGUAUCUUGGCAUCAUUCUGCGCAUAAUGCUCAGGAUGAUGCACAUUUAGGAACAUUAACCCUGUCCUGUGUCUGAUGGGAUUCAUAUUUGCAUAGUGAUUUUGUAAUGUGAUGAAGGUGUAAAAUUCAACUUAAACCUGCAUCAGAAGGGAGUUUACAGUGCUGGAGAAGCUAUUUGUGCCCUUACAGAUUUAAUCAACUUUUGCUUUAAAUUAGACAAAGAUAACCUACAUAGUUAGAAAAUUAAAAAUGCAGUUUUAUCAUGGUGAGAUAAUUUAAAAAAAGAAAAAGCAACCCAAAUUAACAUGCCAUUUUAUGAAAAGGUUGUAAACUCCACUUGUAAACUCAUGAAUUAACUGUAAUUUGUCACAGAUAUUGGCUGAAGUUAAAAUUUCCCAAUGGAAGAUUAUUAAGGGAGACUUAAGAAGCCACUCAAGUAGAAUCUGUUUGGCAACAUGAAGUAGGCUGAAAGAUCAUCUAUCAGUUUAGAUCUGGAAAAGGCUACUACGCUUUUUCUAAUGCAUUGGGACUCCAUCGAAUCCAGUGAAAGCCAUUGUCCACAAAUGAAGAAAACAUACAGUGGUGAACCAAAACUACUUCAAGAUUGCCUCAAUGAUUCUUCCAGGUCAUAAAAGUACCCACAACAUUUAAAGCAGACAAAAAACCCUGCAUUGCUGAUCAAACAGGACACAAGGCCAGUCGCAAGUUUGUCAAACAUUCAUGAUGAUCCCCAAGACUUCUGGGAAAAUAUGAAGUAGCAAAAUGAGAUUUUAGUGACACCCAAACAUGGUGUAGCUGUGUGAUAUAUUGUGGUUAUUGUUUGCUAUUUUAGGACAUAAAGGGACAAAAUUCCUUCACAGGAAUUGAGGUCAUCAUAGAAAAACUGCAUUUUGUAUUUAAUCCUGUUAUCUUUUUCUGAAAUUAAAAUUCAUUCUAUUAAGAAAAACAGGUAAGAGCCAGAAAUCGCUAAAAGAUGAGACAUAAGAGAGGAAAUAGUUUUUCACAGUACCAGAUAAAUUCAUUUACAAAAGUCUGAAUCGUCCAAUAUUUAUCAACUGAAAUAAAGUGGUUGCCUCAAGCAAUCAGCAACCAGAUGUGAGUGGAUCUUCAUCAGUACAGUGUGUCUGCAUAACACAACAUGAGGGUCGUUUGAGUUUUCUCAGCAUCAAUUCUAUUAAAAUCCUGCAUUCUGUGGGCCUAGGUUGGUUAGAGAUGAGAUUACAAAUUCUACAGAAUGGGACGCAUAGAACUGCAAUCCUAAUAUGUAUAAGUUUUGUAUGUUCUUUUAUAAUUUAAAGUAACCUCAGAUGACCUCUUUUAGUUCAUUGGUCAUUUGGGGUUUAAGGAUUAAAAAUCUGAGUGUAGAUCUCGUGACACAGUAAUCCAUCUCUCCUCUCACCUUGAGGUUAGCUGCUCCUGUGCUGCGUAAUCUCAUCUCACUAACAUGAAUAUGUCAGCUCUUGCUGGUAGAGGGUUUCUUAAAAAACAAUGCAUGGAAAAAGUAAAACAACUUAUUUUGAUCCUUUUAAAAGUCUAUUUUCAGUUUUGUAAUGAUAAGAUGGAAUGCUAACCUGAUGAAGUCUUAAUUAUAUCUCAGGACCUGCCUUAAGUGAUCUACUCACAUUAAGGGAGACAGCUCACCGAUUAAUCAUACAAAAAGUGACAAAAACGAAAAGACGCAACUUUCAGAGGCAGCUGAUGCUAGUUGAAGAAAAAAAUAGAUUUUGUCAACUUUAAAAGAAAACCUGUGUAAGAGUGUUUUUGCAUGAAUUUGUCAUGCAGCCCUUGCUUUGUCACUCAAAUAAAUAUUGAUGUCAUGGAUAAUUGUGUUCAGUGCCUGAAAAACUUUUGUUUUAAAACCAGAUGCAUUUCAGACCAAACUCUAAACUGUUUAUAUGUAUUGUGUUUUUGGAUACUGCCUUAAAAUGUAAGAUGUCACAAAACUGUUGUGUGAUUUAUCAUUAUCCUUUGCCUACAGAGUCGGUUCAAACGUGGAUCCUGCUCUGAAUUCAUAUGAAGUGGCUCCAGCCUCGCCAUACAUAACAGCAUGAAAUCGAAGAGAAUGAAAGUAUGCAUUUUCACUAUUAUUAUUUAGAAUGUGUAAUCCUUUGACAACUCUCCUGCAAGUGAGAUGAGUUUGUAUGAUUGCUACAUGAAAACAUCUUUAAAUAAAAUGAUUAGAAAUGAA